AUAUUACAGAAUUGGAUUAAGAAGAAAACUCGAGUUCUCAACGAUUUCCCCGAUGCAUAUCAGUCGUUAAACUCAGUUCUUCAGCUGAAAUUCAUCGACCAUGGCGCUAGAUUCAUCCACAAGCCCCGGCGGCGGCGGAGCAGCCACCAGAGUCCAAAAAUUAGCCGAAACAGAGCCGUCUCAGGUCCCGCCCCAAUACAUCCAGCCUCCGCAUCACCGUCCCUCCGCCAACAACAACUCUUCCGACGUCAGAAUUCCGGUGAUCGACCUCUUCAACUUUGAUCCGGAGCACAGAGACUCCGUUCGAGACGCCAUCGGCCGAGCAUCGAGCGAAUGGGGAGCAUUCCAAGUCAUCAACCAUGGAAUUCCCUCCUCUUUGCUGAACCAGACGAGGACUGCGGCUCUCUCCUUCUUCAGAGACUGUCCCGUCUCCGACAAGCUCGUCUAUGCCUGCGAUCCUAAUGCCUUCGCCUCCGAGGGCUACGGCACUCAAAUGCUCGUCGCUAAGGAAGGUGAACCGCAGUCAUCGGUGCUUGACUGGAGAGAUUACUUCGAUCACCAUACGCUGCCGCUUUCCCGCCGCAAUUCUUCUAAUUGGCCUCACUUUCCUCCAAAUUACAGGGAGGUUAUGGCACAGUACAGCGAUUGCGUUAAGUUGCUUGCUCAGCGGAUCUUAGCGGUUAUCUCUGAAAGUAUUGGGCUGCCUUCGUCUUGGAUGGAGGACGCCAUCACUGGUAUGGGUGAGGAAGAAGAUAUUUAUCAGAAUAUUACUGUUAGUUAUUACCCUCCAUGUCCUCAGCCUGAUUUGACCCUCGGUCUGCAAUCCCAUUCCGACAUUGGCGUCAUCACUCUGCUAAUACAAGAUGAUGUUGGCGGCCUUCAGGUCCUCGACGCGCAAGAAGGUUGGGUCAGCGUUCAGCCUCUGUCUCCUGAUGCCAUUGUCGUCAUUUUGGGUGACCAAACUGAGAUUUUAACUAAUGGGAAGUGCAAAAGUGCAGAACAUAGGGUGGUUACAAAUUCCAGCAGGGCAAGACUCUCGAUUUCUGCUUUUCACGAUCCAGCAAAGGCAGUAAAAAUAGCGCCCGCAGCAGAGCUUGUGAGAGAGUCUUCUCCUGUUCGAUACCGCGAAGUUAUUUAUGGAGACUAUACAUCAUCAUGGUACUCGAAAGGCCCUGUUGGUAGAAGAAAUCUGGAUGCACUCAAGCUUCACAACUAGAUUACCUGUCUCAUGCCCUUUCUUUGCGGACUAGAAAGUUCUGUUGGUGAAAUGGUAGAGGAGAGAAGACUGAAAGGAUUGACGUUAUUGAAUUUUUAGGUGGUGAAUAUAUUAAAAGACUUGUUCUUGUCUACAAAGGAUGUUUGACUCACAAUUUUAAAAAGUUGGUCUAUAUAUUUUGAGUUUGCAUGGUUUGUGUUUGGAUUAGGAAUAAUGAGUUAUAGAAACUUAAUUUAUGUAGUCCAUAUUUGGUUCGUGGGAUUAUGAUUUAUAAAAGUGUGUAGUUCAAAAGUUUCGAGGUUUAUGUAGCUAGAGAAAUUAACAAAUCUCUUAUAUGGGAUAAAAAAGUUCUCAUACUAAAAGGUCAAUCUGGCUUUAAGAUGCCAUACUAUAUAAAUUCAACCUAGGAAUCAAAUGGCUUCUAAAAGUGCAAGAUCACCCCAUACAUCAAAAAGGCAAGAUUUUUUAUUUGCAGCUUCUUCAAGUUCUUAGAAACAAGGUUUAAGAAACAUGGUUUCAAGAUCAGUUUGCCAUUGGAGAGAAAAAUACAUCUUUGCAUCACCGCACUAUAUAAUCUAGCAUCUUAUUCUGUCCAAGAUUCUUACCAAUCCCUCAUAUGUUGGAAUCCCAAAUGAAACAAAACAAGGAUUGUGUAGUUUAUUUAUUUUUUUGAAAAGAAUAUCAAUGAAAUAUGAAUACGAAAGGGGAGGGACCCAAGAGUGGGCUACAAAAAAGAUCUCUAUCCAAUUAGAAUUGAGGGAGGCAAAACUAUAGUGAUGAAAGAGGGGGAACAUUUACACCAAGAGAGAACUAAGAAAACUAUAGAAUCAAACAAAAGGUGUGAAGAACGCUCCCUAUCUUGAAAAAUUUGUUGAUUCCGUUCCAACCAUACAGUCCAUAGCAAGGCCCAAACAAAUGAAGCCAAAGCCAAAGUUUCCCCUUUUUGAAGGGAUGACCAGUGAGAGUAAAGGCCAAUAAUUGAGCAAUAUCCAUGGGUAGAGUAACCAACCAUCCAAACAGAGAGAGUUGCUUGUUCCAUAUACUUGUGGCUACUGUACAUAGGAUAUAAUUGAGAUGGAUGUAGGCAAUCAUCUGAUGUGCAUUUCUCUUUUCUUUCGUGCUAUCUCGAGGAAACUAUCACCCGCUAACCGUGAACAUCCCUCAAGUUUUCGCAUUAAAGGGGCCAUUUGGAUAUGCUGGCAUAAAGAACAAGAAGUUUGGGAAUAGAAAACUAAAGAAUGAGAAGAAAUAAAAUUGUUGGAAAUAGAUGGCUGUGUUUGGAGUGCUCAAGAGUGAAUUUCAAAUGUUUGGAAAAGAAAUACAAAGGGUUUGAUUUUGAACAUGGUUUCACAGAUUAAGAAACAAAGUAUGGGUCAAAGUGCCUUUAUCUUGACAAAAGGUUCACAUUCCUUCCUUUUUCUCCUCCUGGAUGUUCCCACUAUUUUUUCAUCAUUUUCUUAUUUGAA